AUGGACGAACUUGACGAACUCGAGGAAAUAGAGUUUGAACAUGCGAUCACAAGUGCGGGCUUCGGAAAAUUCAACAUCUUUCACUUGCUGGUUUGUGGCGCCGUUUAUGCCGUAACUGCCUUGGGUGUCACUGUGUUAUCGUUCGUUCUUCCCGCUGCGGCAUGCGACUUCGAGAUGAGCUCUACAAACAAAGGCGUGUUGUCCGGAGCUCCGAUGAUCGGAAUGUUGGUUGGUUCAUACUUUUGGGGAUGUUUGGCCGACACAAAGGGCAGAAAAAUUGUUCUUGUCUACACAUUGAUUUUGGAUGGGAUUUGCGGAAUCGUUUCGUCGGCAAUGCCAAUUUAUACGUUGUUCCUUGCUUUGAGACUUUGUAAUGGAUUUUUGAUAGCUGGCGCAAUGGGCAUCUGUUUCUCGUAUCUCGGGGAAUUUCAAGCGACGAAAUAUCGGGAGACAGUUCUUUCGUGGAUGGAGCUCUUUUGGACCAUUGGAUUGCUGUGGUUGCCUUUAAUCGCAUGGGUUGUCAUACCAUUAGACAUCCAAUUUGGUCACUUCAAAAGUUGGAACUUGUUUGUCGCAAUUUCGUCUCUUCCGAGUCUCGUUAUUGGCAUUGCACUCCUUUAUUUUCCCGAAAGCCCGAAAUUCUUGUUGGAAGUUGGAGAGCCCGAAGCUGCUUUGCGCGUUUUGAAGAGAAUUUACGUGAUGAACUCCGGAAAAACGGAAACUGAGUAUCCCGUCAACAGUUUGCGUGAAACUGAGCGAGAAUACAAAUAUUUGCAACGUCACCAAUCGAUUCGACGCUUGCGAAUUCACCGAAGAAAGGAACUUUCGAUUCUUCUGAGGACAUUUUGGGAUCAAACUAAGGAACUUUGCAGACCGCCAAAUUUGAAGUUGACUCUGUUGACGUGUUUCUUGCAAGUUGGCAUCUUGACGAGCUAUUACACGUUGAUGAUGUGGUUUCCGGAGCUUUUUGAUCGGUUUGAGAGAUACGAACGAACGCAUCCGAAUGAGACGACGUCGGUGUGCGAGGUGUCGGAAGUUCGACUGGAAAAUAACAUCGAUUGUGAUAAUCCAAUUGGAGAACAGGUCUUCGUUCACACGCUGAUCGUUGGAAUGGCAUGCGUUCCCACAAGUUGUUGGUUAUUGAUGUGUGUGAGAAAACUAGGAGCUAAAUUCUUUUUAAUGUUCAGUCUCACAAUCGCAAGCAUCUCCGUGAUUUUCCUGUAUUACGUCACAAACAGUACCCAAAAUCUGAUGUUAAGUUGUCUUUUUGAGUCAAUGGCGUCGUUAGCGAGUAGCGCAAGUUACAGCGUCAUGGUUGAUCUGUUCCCGACAAAUCUUCGUGUCAUGGCUACCUCUUUGGCACUCACAGUGGGUCGAGUUGGAGCCGUUUUGGGCAACAUGAUGUUCGGAUACUUGAUAGACAUUCAUUGUUUCGUACCGAUAAUAAUUUUUGCGACAUCUUUAAUGUGCAGCGCCAUCCUUUGCAUGUUUUUGCCGGAAACGGGGCAGGAAUCUCUGGGUUAA